UGCACAAUUGGCUGUGGCCAUCGAAGCAAGCUCUGGUUUGAGCUGGGAUUCCUCACAUUGUCCCAGUGCCUCCUAAGUCACAGUCAGUGCCUCUGCUGAGAUCCCUUGCACCCUUGGACUGACAUGGCUCACACCGUGAGGCUGCUCAUUCUCCUGGCUCUGGCCUCUAUCACAGGGGCGGCAGAUUUUAAUAUCUCGCUGGUGGACGAGACUGCAAGUGGGAUUGUGGCAAGUAUCCGCUCGACCUCGGCAUUUAUAACCCUGCCGCCUUGCAACUUAGCUGGGACGACAGUCAUGGUCAAUGUCACCAACAUGGCUGGCAGUCCAGGGAUAUCACAAAGCAGUUUUGCGAUGCCCUUCUGCCGCUUCAAGCGUGGAUUGAUCAGUCUGAUGUCUAACGCUGAUGGCUUUUCACAAACAUUGAAUGUGGGCUACCAGGUGAAAGGGCUAACAGCAAAUACUAAGUACAAUGUGUCCUAUCAUGUUGGUAGCCAGGUGAGCAACUUACUGGAGAUCAAGACCACCACGGCAAUGAAUUACCAGAACAUCGAUACUGGGUUUGGUCGGAGUGGAGCAAUGGUUGUGAUCACUGUGCUUCUUGUUGUCGCCAUGGCCGUGCUCAUUGUCUGUUUCAUUGUCGCUGUUGUACUUGGGAAGUAAAAUCUGUUGCUGAAGGAUGAAGGAACAUUUACAGUCAAAAAUAUAUGAACAAUUUUUCUCUUUAUCUGCCAUGUAUUUUAUAACCUGCACUCUGUUGUUUGAUGAGAAUUAGGAUUUAAUUCAGAAGAAUAUCUGCCUAUUGUGAACAUGUUUUGAUCUGUAGAGAUUUGAAAAUAUUUAUCCUUGAACCUGAUGAAGUUCCUGGUCUCUUGUGGCCCCCUGUCAAUGAUCCAUUCCUUCAUCCCCUGUGAUCCCAAGAACUUUCAACCUCCAUUUGUUUCCAAAUGAUCCUCCAGUUCUUGAAGUAUCACUUGUGGAUCACUUGGCUCCAAUGGAUGUGUCAGUGGGCAACAGACACCUGGGUUGGGACUGCUCAGAGGUGCAGCAGAUCCCAGUGUCUGGAAAUGAUGGUUCUGCACUUGUAGUGAACCUAAUUACUAACCACAGUUCAUUUCAGAAACCUUUUAUUUUAUAAUUAAAGUCUGUAUUUAUAA